CCUCCAUAUACACUCAACCCCAGAGAGAUCUCUCGUCUCCACCUCCUGCAUCUGAAAACUCAGCGACUCGAAAAUGGAGCAUCGCGAUUACUACGCCUGCAAUACAAAGGUAGGUUCCGCCAUGGAUGUAGACCAUUGCCAAGAAGAUCAACAAAAGGAGAAGGAAGAAGAACAAGAAGAAGAUCCUUUCCUCAAAUUCGUGGAUUACGCAAGAUCCGAGCUAUUAUCGCUGGAAGACGAUCAAAACGGAGACGGCGAGGGUUCCGAUGGACUUGGAUGGAGUUGGAUCGUGUCUCGUAUUCUCAAGACUUGCGUUGCUUAUUCAAGCGGCGUCACUCCCGCGAUCUUGCUCUCUGAACUCUCUCAGGCGUGGAGUGAGCAACGCAGGGUUGGGGCUCCGAAGAAGAGGCUCGAAUUAAUUAGCCACCUCAAGAAGAAUUAUCGGAGGACAAAGCUUCCAAGCACUGUCACCAUUGAUUCCAUAUACGAGAAGAAUUUCCUGUCCUUGAACAGUGUUCUAGAAGCUGUUAUUAUCGAUGCAUUUGUGCUUCCAGGCACAAACAUCCACAUGCUUACAUUAGGGGAUUAUUGGAGUUCCAAUAUCAUAGAUGUGUAUCUACAUCGCAGAUUCUAUGACUUGGCAGGCCUGCAGAAUGGAAUUCUGAAGCGAGGGAGAGAGAUUUUCCUUACUGGUUGCUACCUUCGAACUUCCACUGGAGGUUCUGGACAUCCACGUCUUUUGCCAACAGAGUAUCUUGUGAUUCUAUUAGAUGAGAAUCAGGAUGAUGAUGCAAUGCUACUAGGAGCUCAGUUUUGUUCAGACUCUUUCUCUUCAAUUUCUCUUGAUGCGGUGAACGGAGGGGCUUCGUGUUCACUUUAUGCCCGGAUUGAAAAGAUUGAAUCUUCGGAAAUUCAAAGGAAGUUUGAAACCCUACAAAGAAAACAGGUUACUCUUGUUGAUGGUGAUGGAGUCAAAUUAAUGUUUUUCUUGUGGGGUGAGCAGAUUCUCCUUGCCAAUCUUUUCAGAGUGGGAAGCAUGCUUGCACUGGACAAACCAUACGUCAAUAGUUCAGUGGACUGUGAUACUGAGACAUGUAAAGACUUGUGUCUUGAAUACGGAAGUGAAACACAACUAUAUUUGGUGCCUUAUAUUCAACAUGAAGAACAGGUGUGUGUAACAUUGACUCCAAAUCACCGUCAUGGUUCACGGCCCUUGGGUUCGUAUAAUUCCGGUCAGGAUCUCAAGUUUUCUCAAGUGAGCUUGCCUCGUGAUUCUCAGGGGACCAUUGAUUUCAGUAAUUAUCCUUUUCGGUCAUUUGUGGUCGAUCUUCGUAACAAGAUGAAUGGCAUCAGUCUCUAUGGUGUUGUUACAGAUAUUAUCAAAGAAAAUGACCAACAAACUGUUUUCUCUUUAAGAAUUGCAGAUACUAGCGGGGAAAUUUGGACAAAGCUUCAUUUUGCGAGAUUUUGGUCAUUGGGAAGAGUUAGUUUCGGUCACACUGUAUACGUAUCUGGCAUGACAUGUACGAUGUCAAAACAAAAAUGUAUGGAAGUAUUAUGGUUUGAGAAUGAUAUUGGGGCUUCUUUCAUCAAUCUCAGCUGUUUACCAGCAUUGAUCAAUUCAUCUUGCCUUCAUAAGCUAUCGCGACUCUCUGAUAUUUCUGCCCAGACUAGCUAUGCGCAAGUAUGUCGAGUCUGGCUCGAUCCAUCUGAGUAUUUUUACGUUAAUACAAUAUUUUCACAUUCUCUCUGUGGUCAUUUUGUCAAGAGGUCUGAUAGAUUGGUGGAAUGUAGCUUUUGUCGUACAAUUUAUGAUGCUAGAAUAGUACGCACGUUUCAUCUGAAAAUUACUCUUGCGGAUAAGGAUACGGGUACGAAAGUUUUAGCAUGGUGUACAGGUCAAACUGCUAUGGAUUUGUUGCAAAUAUCUCCUGAGGAGUUUAAUGAACUUCCCGAGGAUGAGCAAGUAAUGUAUCCGUCGUCGUUAGAAAAUGAAAGGUUUAUGGUUGCAUUGGUAAACUGUAAGCGAGAUGGUUGUGUGAUAGAUGGCCUCUCGCCAGACGAUUCAAUUUCGUGGGAAAUCACUCGGGCAUACAAGUGUGAAUAAUUGUUGAAUGCACUUACGAAGAGGGCACUGGGAUUGUAAUGAGACUUUAAUCGCACCAUUCCUUCCACUAUCGUGUAUAAGUUUUGAAGCCUGGAAAGUAUUUCUAUCCAUGGUAUUCGUGGAGAGCGCUACCUCAUGCGACGUGUCCAAAGGAAAUUGCAAGGAUCCAUAGUUCAGCCAUUGCGUAUUAUUGUAUAUUUUGAGUGAAAUUUCCAAAGAUUAAUAUUUUUAUUUAAAUUUAGUUGCUUGCCCAAAUAUGUAAUUGAUGCAAUUUAUAUUUUUAUCCUUAAACAGUUAUUUUUACUC